AUGACUGCUAUUAACUACAAGACCCGUCACUUCUGGUCACGACUCUUGUCGGAUGACUCUAAGGACAGACUUCUGAAGACGACAGUCCUGUUGUUGGCUGCGAUCCUCUGUAAGUGCUGUGAAUGCUGUGAUCAGAGCUCAGUUAAUGUCAUGUCUUCCUCCACAGCGUUCUCGUGUCGCCUCUUUUCGGUGUUGAGGUUUGAAUCAGUGAUCCAUGAAUUUGAUCCGUAUUUCAAUUACCGAACGACACGUUUCCUGACGGAAGAGGGUUUCUACAGCUUCUUGAAUUGGUUCGACGACAGGGCGUGGUAUCCAUUGGGCAGAAUCAUCGGCGGCACGAUAUACCCCGGCCUUAUGGUCACCUCUGCAGCCCUAUAUCAUGGCCUCCAAUACCUCAACAUUCCGAUAGACAUCCGUAAUGUGUGUGUCUUUUUGGCGCCACUCUUCUCCUCUUUCACAACAAUUGUCACGUAUUUGUUGACCAAAGAGUUGAGUGACGACGCGUCAGGUCUUGUGGCCGCAGCCAUGAUAUCGAUAGUUCCCGGAUAUAUAUCGCGAUCAGUGGCCGGUUCUUACGAUAACGAGGGAAUCGCUAUAUUCUGUAUGCUUUUGACAUAUUAUCUGUGGAUCAAGUCAGUGAAGAGUGGAUCGGUGUACUGGUCAUCGCUGUGUUCUCUGGCCUACUUCUAUAUGGUCUCUUCGUGGGGCGGAUAUGUAUUCCUCAUUAAUCUCAUACCACUUCACGUAUUGGCUCUCAUCAUAACCGGUCGUUUCAGUCAUCGUAUUUACAUCGCGUACUCAACUGUAAGACAAUUCGCCGGUAUAUUCCUCACAGUGAUCGGCAAGAUCAGCCCCUGGACCGGACGCUUCUACUCGCUUCUGGACCCGUCUUACGCCAAGAAUAAUAUCCCAAUUAUCGCGUCGGUGUCCGAACAUCAGCCGACGUCGUGGUCGUCGUUCUACUUCGACCUCCAAUUGUUGGUCUUCCUGUUUCCAGUGGGUCUCUACUUCUGCUUCAGUCGCUUGAGUGAUGCAAAUAUCUUUAUAAUCCUUUAUGGAGUGACGAGUAUUUAUUUUGCCGGAGUAAUGGUUCGGUUGAUGUUAGUGUUGGCACCAGUGAUGUGUAUUUUAUCGGGUAUUGGUAUCUCCCAAAUGCUGAGCCGUUAUUGCAAACAAUUGGACACAACGUCUUCUGUUGGCAGCUCUAGUCUUAAUACGAGUGCUCACAAUCACAACCACUCUCAUAGUCAGCCCUCUUUGAGCACACAGUCGUCCGACAAGAAGAUGCGCAGACAUGAGACUAAUUACGUGAUGCGACACGAAGUGGCCUCAAUGUUCGUGUUGGUCACCACUGGCCUACUGUUGGCCUAUACCUACCAUUGCAUUUGGGUUACAUCUGAAGCCUACUCGUCGCCAUCGAUCGUGUUGUCGGCCCGCAGUCACGACGGCUCCCGUAUUAUAUUCGAUGACUUUCGGGAAGCAUAUUAUUGGUUGAGACAAAAUACGGCCGAAGACGCGAAAGUGAUGUCUUGGUGGGAUUACGGCUAUCAGAUAACAGCGAUGGCCAACCGAACCAUUCUUGUGGAUAAUAACACUUGGAAUAACACUCAUAUAUCACGUGUGGGUCAGGCCAUGGCCUCACCUGAAGAUAAGGCCUACGAGAUAAUGAGGGAAUUAGAUGUAAACUAUGUGUUGGUUAUAUUUGGAGGUUUGACCGGUUAUUCCUCCGAUGAUAUAAAUAAGUUCUUAUGGAUGGUUCGGAUCGGCGGAAGCACUGAUAGGGGAACUCAUAUCAAAGAAACUGAUUAUUACACGACGUCCGGCGAGUUUCGUGUCGAUCGGGAGGGCUCUCAGACAUUACUUAAUUGUCUUAUGUAUAAAAUGUCUUAUUAUAGAUUUGGUUCGGUUUACACUGAAGGAGGUAAACCUCCGGGUUAUGAUCGCGUUCGGGGGGCAGAGAUCGGGAACAAAGACUUUGAUUUGCAAGUAUUAGAAGAGGCGUACACUACAGAGCACUGGUUGGUUAGGAUCUAUAAAGUGAAAGACUUACCCAAUCGAGGAAUUUAGCCAAACCUGGGUUACAAUGGCUUCAUUCCUAGUCCAACACAUUAUAACUGACAAAACAUUUGACAUAAUUUGGGACUAAAAGUGAUUAUAUUUUGAACAAUCAUUUCAUUAUUUUAUUAAUAAAUUAUUAAAAAGAUUACAAUAAGGA